UGCUGAGCGGUCUCCAUGGUGACGGACUGAUUGGCGGGCUGACAGAGAGGCUGAGAGGAGAAGAGACCAGUGCGGUUUACAGUAGUUUAGUUAAUUAACUAGUUAGUGAUUGAUUGCUCAUCAUGGCCAAAAGUGAUGGUUGCUCCUAUUUCAAGAGAACCAGUCCGUUCUGCAUGGUGGUCGUGACAAUUUAUGUGUGUCUUCACACGUGGAUGGCGUUUUGGCCUCAGUACAUCCCAUAUGGCAUUCUGGGUCCUCUCGGUGCUCUGGCCAAGCGGUUCAUGGACUAUGUUCAUCCCGCGCUGUAUUACGGAUGGUUUCUGAUGUUGGCCAUCCAUGUCUGCGAGGCUCUGCUUGCGCUGAAGAUCUGCAGGACUGUGUUGGUGUUUGUGUCUGCAGUGAUAAAGGCAUUGACAGCACGUCCACGCGUUUGCUGUGGCUCGCUCAGACGUUCCUGUUUGGUCUCACGUCUCUGGGUCAUCUGGUGAAAUACAGUCCUGACGGCCGAACCAAACGCCAGUGACAGAAACCUCAGCUCGUUUCCCACAUCUUUAUAUUUCUACCAGCAGUAGUAUAGUCUAAACACUGUAUAUUAGGUCAUAUAUUUGUUCUGGUGGUGGGGAUUGGUGUAUUGGUUUUAUUUACUUUAAACAAUGUUCACUAAGAAAUUGCUGGAAUGAUAAACCGUGCGGAUGGUCAAUUUAAAAAUGGAAAAUAAACUGA